UUUUUUAGGACAAGAUUAGCUGUCCUACUUAAGUUAAAACUAGUUGAACAGUUGCGUUUUAAAUUUUUAAUGGAAACUAAAAGAAGCAGAUGAGUUAGAAUAGAAUUGGGAGUGUAAAAUGGAAAACAGAGGUUUGAAACAAUGGAUUCAAUUAUUUAUACUGUUUUUCUUAUUAAUCAAGUCUGCCGUUGCAGAUGGCGUCACUCACCAUGAAGCCAAACUUCUUCGCGACGAGGUUGGUGAAAUGUUUUAUCAUGCUUUUAAUGGAUACAUGGACAAUGCUUUCCCCCUUGAUGAAUUAAGACCUUUAUCGUGUCAAGGAGAAGAUUCUCUUGGUGGCUAUGCCCUGACUCUGAUAGACUCUUUGGAUACAUUGGCUCUUCUUGGUGACCGAGACCGCUUCACUUCCUCUGUUGAUUGGAUUGGUAAAAAUCUUCGGUUUGAUAUAAAUAAAACAGUAUCUAUCUUUGAGACUACCAUCCGAAUUCUGGGAGGUUUACUCUCUGCUCAUCUAAUUGCAAGUGAUUAUUCUACGGGUAUGAAAAAUUCAUCCUAUGACAACCAAUUGCUUCACUUAGCUGAUGAUUUGGCUCAGAGAAUGCUGCCCGCAUUUGACACUCCCACCGGAAUUCCAUUUGGGUCUGUCAAUCUGUUACAUGGAGUUGAUGAACAUGAAAGUAAGAUAACAUCAACUGCUGGUGGGGGGACAUUAACCUUGGAAUUUGGGGUGCUUAGCCGCCUGACAAACAAUCCUAUUUAUGAGCAAGUUACCAAGAAUGCUGUGCGUGGACUAUGGGCACGUCGUUCAAGGCUUAACUUAGUUGGUGCUCAUAUCAAUGUAUUUACAGGUGAAUGGACACAAAAGGAUGCUGGAAUAGGAACAAGUAUUGACUCUUUCUAUGAGUACCUUCUAAAGGCAUAUUUGUUAUUUGGAGAUGAGGAGUACUUGUUCAUUUUUCAAGAAGCUUAUGCAGCUGCUAUGCAAUAUCUAUUCAAUGACCCUUGGUAUGUAGAAGUAAAUAUGGAUUCUGCUGCUAUUGUCUGGCCUCUGUUUAAUAGUCUGCAGGCAUUCUGGCCGGGCCUUCAGGUUUUAGCUGGAGAUGUUGAUCCUGCCAUUCGAACACAUGCUGCCUUCUUUAGUGUCUGGCAAAGAUAUGGCUUUACUCCAGAAGGAUUUAAUCUUGCAACUCUAAGGGUUCAGCAAGGGCAAAAGAGUUAUCCACUGCGUCCAGAGUUAAUAGAGAGCACAUAUUGGCUAUACAAAGCUACCAGAGAUCCCAGAUAUCUUGAUGCCGGCAGGGACAUGGUUGCCAGUUUGCAAUACGGGGCUCGAUGCCCUUGUGGGUAUUGUCACAUAACAGAUGUGGAAUUUCACAAGAAAGAAGAUCAUAUGGAGAGCUUUUUCCUCGCCGAAACAGUCAAAUACCUAUGGCUACUCUUUGAUUUGGCUUCAGGUCCAGAUAAUCUCGUAGAAAAUGGGCCAUACAAGUACAUCUUCAGCACUGAAGGGCACUUACUGCCUAUAACGCCUCAAAUAUCUCUCGUUAAAGAACAUUGUUCGUAUUUUGGUGCUUACUGUAAAAGCAGUGACAUCAGACAAGAAUCUUCUAAAUCUGAUCUCUCUAUGAAUCCCCAUGAAAUUAAUGCUAGUACAUUCUACGGAGGUCAAGUUCACCCCGGAUAUCCAUUAGAUUCAUCUUUUUUUGAGUCAACUGCUACAUCAGGAAUGAUAAAGGGGAUUUGCUCCGGAUUAAGUCACGGGCAAAAAUAUGGUAUAUCAUAUCUGGAACCAAUUGAUACUUCUCCAGAGGACGAGUCCACUCACCAAAGUGAGAAAAUGGCUUCUGAUCAGAGCGCUGGAAGUUCUCUCUCUAAUAAUGAUCAGAAUGACAAUAGGUAGUAUUCAAGUACUAGCACGGCCUCCAUGAUUGAGCUGUUGUAGCUUAAAAUAUCCGGUGGGAUGCACCCCAAAGAAUCCCGAAGCUACAUUCUGUAUGUCCAGCAAGCAACGGAUAAGAAAAGACAAACGCGUGGGUAUGUCUAACAAAGUUGGACUGAUCCCAGAUCGUAACUGAACAUUAAAAAAUUAAUUGAUGUCUGGAAGGGGACUACUGACUUCUUUUUUCCAAAUAUUUUGAGCGACAAUUGGAGCUCGAGUGUAGAAAUAUCCAUAGGCAGGAGAUUGGAGCAAGAUUGUAAGCCUUACUGAUCAAUUCUGUGUCCGUAUAUAAAGGUGCAGGAAAUUAUACUUGAUUGGUCGAGGCAUUUGUAACUUAAAAAUGUUUGUAAAGUACGGUUGUAGCAAAUUUCAGAUUUUGUUAUUGUUAGUGAGAUUAUUAAUUUUCCGACACAA